AUGAUCACCCUGUCCCAGUCGCUGGCAGGUGAUAGCAGCAGCUGUGGUUGGGUGAGAUGACCCUUUCUAACACUCUAGGUGGUGCUCUGGCGCCAAGAUCACGCUCCUCCCACGAGCAGACGCGUGGGAGCCUGGAGGCGGUUCUUUCUUAAGCCGACGAGUUCAUCGAGUUUCGGGAGAGCGCUCCACGAGCUGGAUCUGAAGGCCACCUGACCAUGAGCGUCCCGCUGCGAUCCGGCCCGAGCUCCUGGCGGCGGGCAGGCACCGUGGUGCUGGCCGUAGCCCGGGGUCCCGCCGCCCGUCAGACCGCUGACGGCUUCCGGCUGCUGCUUCUCCAGCGCGCCCAGAACCAGCGCUUCUUGCCCGGCGCGCACGUCUUCCCGGGCGGUGUGCUGCACGCUGCGGAUAGCUCGGCCGACUGGCUGCGACUCUUCGCGCCUCGGCACACGCCGCCGCGUUUCGGCCUGGGUCCGGCGCCGCCUUCGCAACUCCCUUUUCCGGGACUGCUCUACGAGGACGACGGCGCCAGCGCUGGGGCGCUGCCUGAUGAUGUGGCGCUGCGCAUCUGCGCCAUCCGCGAGACCUUCGAGGAGGCUGGGGUGCUGCUGCUGAGACCUCGGAGCUCGCCGCCCGCUUCUCAGGAGCCCGGUCUGGCGCUGCCGCCUCCGCCCGGCCUGGGCGACUGGCGCUCGCGCGUGCGCAGUGACCCGCGCCACUUCCUCCAGCUGUGCGAGCACCUGGACUGCACGCCCGACAUCUGGGCUCUGCGCAACUGGAGCGGCUGGCUCACGCCGAUCGGGCGCAGCAGUCGCCGCUUCGACACCACCUUCCAUCUGUGCUGCCUGCGCGAGACCCCGCGCGUGGAGCCCGACAUGACCGAGGUGGUGGGCUACAAGUGGUUGUCUCCGGCAGAGGCGACGGAGUGUUUCCUGUCCAAAGAAAUCUGGCUGGCGCCACCGCAGUUCUACGAGAUGAGAAGACUUGAAACUUUCGCCUCUCUCUCCGCUCUGUACAGCUUUUCCUCAGCUCGCCCCUUCGACGUAACUGAGAAAUGGAUGCCGAUAAUCCUGUCCACUGCUGAUGGCUACAUCAUGCUCUUCCCAGGAGAUGAACUGUACGUGAAAGAUGCAGAUUUCAUAGAAAAGCCGAUGUCUACUGACAAAAAGACUGAAGAGAUCUUGAAGGAAGGCAAAGUCGUUCACCGAUUGGUGUCCCGCAAUCCCCAUCUCUAUGAGCUCUAUGUGUCUCUCCAGUCAAAUAAGCACGUGUACCCUAAGAACUUUGCAGUGGACGCGAGCCUGACCUCCCGUUUGUAAAGCUGCUUGACUUGUGAGGGUCGCCUGAACUUGCCUGAAGCAGAAGGAACGUGCCUGCGAACGGGACAGUAAGGUGUUGCCUGUGUCACGCGUGUUGUGGGCUCCUCUGCCAGUCCUCAAGCUGCACAGCAAGCCAUGAUUGAGAUGUAUGAUGUAUUAACAACCUUGUUACUAAGAUUAAUGCUUUCGCAAUGGUUGUCCUUUCUGUCUUAUUAGCUUAAACAUUUAAAAGGGGGUCUCCUGUUGUUGUUGUUGGUUUUCCGAGGCAAGGUUUCUCUAUAUAAUAGCCCUAGCUGAG